UUCUACACUACAAAGGAGAAAAAGCAAUAACAAUCGACUUGCAGUCAGUUCCAUAGACAAUAUCAAUCCAACACCAGUAGUACCCGGGUUGUCACCUCAAUUUCAAAUAACCGACGAACAGAGGGUGGAAAUAAAAGAAGCUUUUGACUUAUUUGAUAUAGAUAAAGAUGUGUCAGAAAAAAUAUUAAAUCGAUCACCCCUAGAAGAGAUUCGAAAGGCAUUCCAGCUUUUUGAUGAUGAUAAUACAGGAAAAAUUUCGUUGAAUAAUUUGAAACGAAUAGCUAAAGAGUUAGGUGAAAAUUUGGAUGACGAAGAACUUCAAGCAAUGAUCAAUGAAUUUGAUUUGGAUGAAGAUGGUGAAAGUAUCCUCUUUAAUGAUAUCUUUCUAUUACACAAUUCAAGCUUUAGAUAUAAAUUUCUUAAAUCUUUUGCCUGA